AUGGCAACUCUCUGUAUUAUUGAUUACUGGUCCUACUACGUAAUAGCAUUGUCUGUCCUUCUUGCUUACCUGUCAACUUUAAUUCACUCUAGACUUCAAGUCAUCCGCACCACAGCAUACGUAAAAGAAGAGGUCAAUACAGGAUACUUAAAUAUUGAUCAUUAUAAACAGCUUAUUUUAUAUUUCUCAUCAGCAUCUCUAAAACUCUACACCAUGAGGAUUUGGUCACUUGUUUUUCUUGGAUUGCUCAUAUCGGCAACUAACUAUUGUACAAGCCCUUGCCAUGGCAACACAAGUGUUUUAUGCAUUGAAAGUGAGAGGCAAGCUCUUCUUAGGUUCAAGCAAGAUCUUAUGGAUCCUGAUAACAGACUUAAUUCAUGGUCGGCUGCGGAGUUGGAUUGCUGCAAUUGGACUGGAAUUGUAUGCGACAGUCUAACAGGCCAUGUCCAAGAGCUCAACCUCAGUUAUUCCGAAAGUGAAUAUGAUCAAGGAAGAUCCAUGUUUAACGGUAGCAUAAACCUUUCCUUGCUUGAAUUAAAGCAUCUAAAAUUGCUGGACUUAAGCUACAACAAUUUUGGAGGGAAUCCAAUUCCAAGCUUCAUUGGUUCUCUGGUAAGUUUGAGAUAUCUUAAGCUUUCUAUGGCAGGGUUCAAGGGAUUAGUCCCACACCAACUUGGAAAUCUUUCCAGUUUACACUACCUUGUUGUUGAAGGUAACUAUGAACGAGAUGGUCAAAAUUCACUCUAUGUGGAUAAUCUUGAUUGGCUUUCGAGCAUGCAUUCAUGAUAAUAAAAGGAAGAAAUGUUGAAUAUAUCACCAAUAUACUAUCACUUGCAACCGGCAUUGAUCUUUCUAACAAUAACCUCUCAGGAGAGAUUCCAAGAGAAAUAACUGCUCUAAUUGCACUGAUAUCAUUGAAUUUAUCCGGAAAUCAUUUGACAGGAGAACUCCCAAACAAUAUUGGCCGUAUGAA